UCACUUCUUUCAGGAGAUCGUUCAGAAUAUCUUCCUGUUUCUUCGCUUUAGCCAUUCUUGCUGCUUUCACGAGCAAAGGUGUAGGUUCUUCAAGAGUCUGAUAGUCGUCCCAGUCGAAUUGACCUUCGUUGGCUAUUAAUAAGUGCUGCCAGUGAUACUAUAGGUCCUCUAUCGUAGUUCACAUAGACCAUUCACGUCCGAGAUUGUGGGAUAGAUGUUGCCCCUUCAGAAGGUCAUGCCGGGUUCAUACGGCACAGACAGGUUGAUCUGUUUUUUGAUGCCCGGACCAAGCACGACAGUUCUCACCGUUGGGUGGGUGGCACUUUCUGCAGGGUAUCCUUCUCCCUUCUGAAACUACACUUCACUUGACCACACUGAGAUUGCUGGAAGAAUGAGGAACCUUUUGGGGAAAUUUGAGUUGUCUGGCAUUCCACCUGCUCCAAGAGGGGUCCCACAGAUUGAAGUGACCUUUGACAUCGAUGCCAAUAGGAACUUUAAUGUAUCUGCAGUGGAUAAUUCAACUGGCCAUGCGAACAAGAUCACCAUUCCCAAUGACAGUCAAAUGGAUAAGCAUGGAAAGCUGAAACGUGACAUGAACCAACAAUUUGAAGGAGUCCGCAGGGCAGUAGAUAAGAUAUCCAACGACUCAAGUGACCCAGAAGGUCUCUCUGAAGCUGUAUCGCCAGUAUCUGUAUUUGGAGUCGGAUACUCACAGGUGGAUCGUGUCAAUAGACUGCUGCAAUCCCCUGCAUGUACAAUAGCCGGAUAG